GAGAGUUGGUACUGAGAUUUGUGUUUCAUAUAUUGAAUAUCUAUAAGUUUUGUAGUGUUUUUCUCACAACCGAUACACCAGAAUGCCAGGCUUGGUUGAAGGCAGAUUGGCUCUUGUGACAGGUGGCAGUAGUGGCAUAGGCAGAGCAGCAUGUCAGGUGUUGGCCAGAGAAGGUGCCACGGUAGUUGUCACAUGUGUGGAUGACUAUGGAGCGAAGGCAACAAUGGAAACAUUACCAGGAGCUAGCCAUUCAUUUAUGAAGUUUGAUGUGACCGACACACCACCUGUGGAUAUAUUAAAUAAAAUCUUCCUUGAAUACCGAAAAUACCCAGACAUUCUCGUCAACUGUGCUGGCAUUGUCAGAUUCACUCCGCCACUAGAAGAGACACCAGAGACUUUCCAGAGCAUCAUUGAUGUCAAUCUAAAAAGGUUGCGGAAGUGAUAGUGUUUUUGACCUCAGAUCGCGCGUCCUACGUCAACGGCGCCCACGUCCCUGUAAAUGGAGGCUUUUAAAGUCUUAUGCUGUUAUUGCGAUAAAAUUAUUUCUCAUGCU